AGUGUGAAUUUGACGAUAUAACAGGAAUCAUUUCUACAGUUAUCCACCAUACAGACGAAGCGUCCGUCCCAUAUAAAAGUAGCAGAAACAAAGGCUUAGUCGUCUAUUCAUAUGGUCCCGGAUUCAAAAGAUCCCUUAAUCCCAAUCAGAAUAUUAUCGACAUAUUUGAAACUAUGGGAAUGGAAUGUGCUCAGAAAGUCGAAGUGGAGUGUUACCAUACGAAAAAUGUAGUCAAUAGAAUCUGGAUAUAUGGAUAUGGCUCGGAACCUUGUCUCCUGUAUCAAGAAUGUCUUGAUCGACUUGGAAACCCUGUUUGUAAUGGGACACAGAACCAGUGUCGAUGCAAUAUGACUGAACAGGACUGGUCAAAGACUCCAAGGGAUAUGUGGUUCAAAGAUACAUUUGUAUUAGACAACAUGGCAUAUGUUCCCGUCAGAGUUAUGAGAACAAAAGGUUUCAACUUACAAGGCCAGUUAAGAAUGGCUGUUGGACCACUUGUCUGUAACUCAACCAUGCCAAGGUCUUCAGACAAAAUUAAAUGCAACAAUGGAAAAGUAGUUCCUGCUGAUACUCGCUGCAUAUAUAAUGUUGAUAGAUACGGAUCUGCGACUGGGUGCAGGGAUAACACACAUCUUCUUAACUGUGAAUCGUUUAAAUGUCCAUACGGCUUUGUGAAAUGUCCUAACAGCUUUUGUAUACCGAUAAAGUCCGUCUGCGAUGAGCGUAUGGACUGCAUGUUUGGUGAAGACGAAUCAUUCUGCGAUACUUGGAAAUGUCCAAACCAGUUCAGAUGCAGAAAUUCGAAAACAUGUAUACCCCUGACUCAGGUAUGCAAUGGCUAUAACGACUGCUCUUCAGGCGACGACGAAACACACUGUAACGCUACGUGCCCCUCCUUCUGCACUUGUAUUGCGGGUGAUACGGAUUGCAGCAUGAGGAAACGGGAUCUCAGAAGCCUUACAUAUGUUUCAAAAGACACAAGAAAGCUGAAUUUAAAUAAUAACCGAGUGUUUUUGAAGAAUGAUAAAUCUUUUUUUGAGGGACUUGAUUACUUGUUCGAACUAAGUUUGGCAUAUUGUGAAAUUUCAUUGAUACCAGAUUUAUCAUUUUGGAAUCUUAAAAAUUUGCAUAAGCUGGAUUUAAGUUUUAACAAACUUGUGAAAAUCUCAAAACAGUCAUUCAAUGGGUUAGAAAAUCUAAAAGAAAUAAAACUAGAAGGGAACAAACUUCUCUCAGAUAUAGAAGUUAAUUCAUUCCGUUUUUUUAAAGAUAUGACGAUUUUGGAUUUAAGCGGUUUAUCUUUGAGAAAAGUUGCUGAAAAUACAUUUCAAGGAAUGUCGAAACUUCAGGUCCUAAAUAUUUCUUAUAAUCAAAUCAAUACAGUCGAUGGUAAUGCUUUCAAAAGUUUACAAAACCUACAAAUACUGGAUAUGCAACAAAACGCAAUUUCAGUAUUCGGAAAAGAUUCAUUUGCCGGUUUAAACACACUGUCCUUCUUGUACACCGAUUCUUAUAUGUUUUGUUGCAUAAAGCCAACAAGUUUAGACAUAGAUAAUUGUUUCCCAUCACCUAAUGAAUUCUCUUCUUGUUCAGAUCUAAUGCGUAAUGAAGUGUUGCGUGUGUUUAUUUGGUCUGUAGCUAUAUUCGCCUUUUUCGGAAAUAUUCUAUCAUUUGUAUUUCGCUUUCUGUCAGAACGUGACACGUGUAAGUGUGGUUAUGGCAUUUUGGUCACAAACUUGUCGGUGGCAGACAUGCUUAUGGGUAUUUAUUUGUUAAUUGUAUCAAUUGCUGACGAAACCUAUAGAGGGCGUUAUAUUUGGAAUGAUGUUUCAUGGCGAAAUAGCACGUAUUGUUCACUUGCUGGCGGGUUUGCCAUAGUUUCAAUGGAAAGUUCUGUGCUCAUACUCACUCUGAUCACAUUGGAUCGUUUCAAAUCGACCAAAUUUCUGUCAGGUUUCACAGCGUCAUAUGUCCUGGUUUUGUGUGCCGUUGUUUGGAUCACAGCCAUUAUAUUUGCAGUAAUACCUAUCCUCCCUUUGGAGCAAAUGAAACAUUAUUUUGGAGAGUCGUUCUAUUCUACAUCAGCUGUUUGCCUUACUUUGCCAUUGACAACCGAACGUUUGUCCGGCUGGCGUUAUUCGACGGGUGUGUUGAUUGUCUUCAACUUUUUUUGCUUUGUUUGUAUCGCCAUUGGUCAAAGUUUUAUUUACGUAACCAUCAGCAGAACCAAAAUUAUGCUCGAAAGUCCAGAUCGCCGAGUUCAAUUCCAAGUUUCUCGAAGGCUGUUGGCAAUUGUAAUGGUUGAUUUCCUGGCAUGGUUUCCAGUUUGUGUUUUUGGAGCAAUUGCAUUGUAUGGGGGAACCGUUAGUGAUGAUGCAUACACAUGGGUUGCUGCUUUUGUUAUGCCCCUGAAGUCAGCUUUGAAUCCAAUCUUAUAUUCGUACUCGACAUUCAGUAACUCUCGGUUGGGUCGCAGGAUUCUAAAAGUCCUUAGGUGUCAAACCACUCGAGUUUCAACGGGAAAACAAGUUGCAGAACAUCUACAAAACGUCCGCAAGGUUAAUAAAAUGGGAUGUCUCGUGUCGCACCAAGACAAGAAAUAUCUGUCCCUCAAGGAAUACUUCACAUCAGCACGCACUAUUCCAAUGAUGAACUUGGUUAUUGUGACAGCACGUGUAGCGUUUAUCCUGGACAAAAUACAUGAUACGGGCCUGACGGUAGGCCGCUUUGGAGCUGACCACGUCAUGGUGAAACCCGACACAAACAAGACAAUUUCUAAACUCGUCAUGAAAUGUUUACCACGUGAAGUAAAAAAUGAAAAAGAGAAAAGAAUGAAUAUUGGCGAUUUUGGUAAAUUGUUAGGAUGGAUGCUAAAGCGUUACAAUAAGCAGAAUGUAGGGACAAUCGAAUACCCUAACUAGUCAGAGCGAAAACAAAACAUAUUUGGAAAAAACAGAACAGACUCUUUUUACACAUUCUAGUGUUUUAUAUGUAAAUGUUUAUUAAUAAUGUUGUUUUGAAUUUGUUAUUUUAAAUAUUGUACGAAUUUAAUAUUUUGUGGUGUCUUUGUGUCCGUUUAACUUUAGUAAAAAAACUGUCUGACUAGCACAUGACUGUUAGUGUUUUGUCUUUUAAACGUUUACAUUAUUCAGCUUUGUUUUUAAUUAAAUGUUUGAUCCAUGUUGUUUGGUUUUGUGAUGCAGUGGGUGUCUCUUUGGAGUCCAUUUAUCGUUCUAGUCAACGCAUUAUUAAAAUUUUUAUUGUCAUCCCAAUCUUGAAAUAAAUUUUCGAUGCCAAAAUUGUAUAUGGUAGCAUUAAAGACAUUUUUUAUUUAUUAUCGUUAUAUCGUUUAUCAUAAUAAGACACAAUGGAGGACAACCGUACAUGUACAUGCGAAGGUUUGCGUUUUCCGGAUAUUUCGAAGAGGACAAUUUUUGGGGUUGCUGUUUUUUUCUUUUCUAUUUAUUGUUGUUCUUUUUUUUUUUUUUUUUUUUCAUUUUCAAUCAUCAAAGUUGUUGUAAUCGUACUUAAAGGUAUUGUCUUUAUUGUUUUCAAUACAAAUCAAUAAUAGCACCCAUACAUAUUUUAAGUGAUUUUUAAACUUAUCUUAAUAUGUAAUUUGUAAAGUAAUUAACUUUGAUUCUACUUUUUAUUAUUUAUCAGGGAUAUUUGAUAACUUUUCUAUAAUUGAGUACAAACUUAAACCUUGAUUUGACUUAUAUCGAAAAAUAUUACAGUUUCAUUGAAAGAAUAUUUUUUUCUUUUUUUUUCUUUUUAAACUGUAAGGACGCAUUUUGUGACUUUUUAACUCAGACUUAUUUUACAUAUUAGACUCUUGUUGUUGUUGUUGUUAUUUGACUAGAUUAAACAAGCGCGGACAAAGAGAAUCUGUAGUAGAAGAUAUAGUGCACGGGUUGCUUCUUAUAGCCAAACUAAGGGAAGUGGUGAUCAAUUUAAUUUUUGAUUUGUUAAGAUUUAUCUUUUGUUGUGUUUUUCGUGCAUACAGUCAGUGUAUAUGUUUAGUACUAAUAAACGUAAAUGUGCAUCUA